UUAAUUAUUAUUUUUUUCAGAUUUUGUAGGUUGACCCACUGCCACUCGGUAUAAAUAGAAGCCCCCUCCAAACAUGUUUUUGUAGCAGUUAGCAGAAUACUAAAUUUGUCACCCUUUUACCUUAAAAUCCACAAAAUUAUAUUCCAAGAAAAAAACAGAGAAAAGAGAAAAAUGGAUUCAUGGGUUUCUUCUUUCUCGCCGGAAUCUUCUUCCUGGGAUUUCCGAAGCUUCGACAAUUCGCUGCCGUUUAACCUUAAUGACUCCGAGGAGAUGUUGCUGUUCGGGGUUCUAGAGCAGGCGGCGGCGGAGGAGAACUCCGACGACACGAAUUCCUCCGACAGCGUGAAGAUGGAGGCGGAGACGGCGGCGGAGCGGUCGUACCGCGGCGUUAGGCGGCGGCCGUGGGGGAAAUUCGCGGCGGAGAUUCGGGAUUCGACCCGGAACGGGAUACGCGUGUGGCUGGGGACGUUCGACAGCGCGGAGGCGGCGGCGCUGGCGUACGAUCAGGCGGCGUUCGCAAUGCGCGGCGCGGCGGCGAUCUUGAAUUUUCCGGUGGAGAGAGUGCGGGAGUCGCUCAAGGAGAUGAGGUGCCAGGUGGAGGAAGGGUGCUCGCCGGUGGUGGCGCUCAAGCGCCGCCACUCCAUGCGGAAGCGCCGCUCCUCCUCCGCCGGCAGAAAAUCCGGCAAGGUGGUCGUCGGAGAUGUUAAGGUUGUCGAGAAUGUGGUGGUGUUUGAGGACUUGGGAGCUGAUUACUUGGAACAACUUUUGAGUUCAUCAAGUGAAAUCAUGACACCUAAUCAUCAAUGGUGAAUCAAUCAUAGACUACUCUGUUCUUUGGUUUAAUCUCAUUUUUGUAAAUUAUGAUGUUUUGUUUUUCUUUUUCUCUUUUCUUUUAUGGUUGAAUGAAUCAUCAUCAAGAAAGGGAUGGUUAAUGGUUAAUGGAUAUACUCCAUGUAUAAUAAUGUAUAUCAUUUAGCUUUCUUGUACUUUUGCCAUCUAAUAAUUUUGAUUGAGUGGAACAUUGGAAGAGGCGAACCAUC